CCUCUUCAUGGUCUGCAGGCAUCUUGUCACUGGGCCGGUCCAUGCAGGGGGCCCGUGGAUGCUGUGUGACAUUUGGUGACAGCCGCUGAGGUCUACUAUGACAGCGGCUCCCCCGGGGACCAGCUGCCUGUGUUCAGACCAGUUUGUGCACCUGACACAUGGCUGCUCAGCUAGGAGAGCAGGCCUUGCUCUGACCUUCUCAAAACCACAGUCCUUUCUGUGGGAAGUGUGAGCUCAGGAAGGGAGAUGCGCUUCCACAGGAAGUCAGAGAGUGUGGAAGAUAGAUAUUAGAAGAAUCUCUGCCUUCCCAGCCUGGGGGACUCCAAGGCCUCUUGUCUCCCCAUAGAGGGCUCCCCAAGGAGUGACGGUGGAAACACUGCCAUCUGACAUCCGUGGAGGACAUGACGGUCGGCCCCUGGGUCAUGUGAAAGUGCAGUAGCCCUCUGCCUCCUUUGCAUUCCCGGCCCUGCUCUGUCGCCACAACUGCUGCCCUGUGCGGCUUCCUUCUGAGGCCCUGGUUGGUGCAAACCUGCCAUUGCUCGGAUUCUGAUUCACCUUUACCGGACGAAGAGAGGAGGAAGAUUUCCCCCAGAAGGAAUCUUCCACUGAAGUGGGUUUCAACCCAGGAUACAUCAGAACUGCUCUCUUGUACUUAGGGCACUAACCCCAGGGCUCAAAGAGGCUUCCUGUCACCUCAAGAACACAGGUCACACGUACAGCCAGGAGACAAAGCUCUGGAGAGCCAGUGGCCAGAGAUAUUUAGGGCCAAACCAGCCUUCUGGGUGCUCUCCUAAGGUUUGUCCAAGCUGAACUCAGGCCAAGGGUUAGUGCCAACAUGCCUCAUGCCUGACCCUUUCACCCUACAAAUGCAUGUGCCCAAUCUGAGCCUAAGCAGAAAUCCAAAACCACAUCCAGAAGAAACAAAGCUUCCACCCCCCGGCAUUUGCCAGGUACUCCGGGGAAUACCUGAGAAUGAUCUGAAACAAGUUCCGAGCUGCAAGACUGAGCUCCCGCCCUUGCAAACUGCCUGUCCGGUGUCUGCUCUACACCACCCGCCCCAUUCAGAAGGGUGGGGUCAGGUGCCUAGAUGUCUGCUUUAUUCCCUUCUUUGUCCAAGAGCUGUGCUGUCCGCAGUGCUCUGGGGACUGCAUUUUUCCAAGGAGAGAAAACAGCCCCCAGUGCACAGGAAUCCCAGGUCCCAGAGCAAACAUCCUGGUACCAGUGUUGGAAUUGAGUUUUAAAAGUGCUUGGGUAAAGCAUUCGAGGAGCCAGGCUGGAGGAUGAUAGGUGUUGGUGCAGCAAUCACCUCUCUGCGAUUGAGAACACUUGGCAUUUUCAUCUGGUGAGGAGGGAAACUUCCUAAACUUUCCUAAAGAGCAGAGGCUCUGAGUUGGAUAGACACAUGCCUCAAGAGCCAGUGUACUCAGGGAUUUGGUGUUUCCUGGGUGCUGCAGCUGGGCCGAUGGAGACGAAGGGAAGCGGGACCCAGCUUUGCCCGUCUGUAGCCCACCCCGAGAAGAGCCCUUACAGCCAACAAGGGAGACAUUCCUGAGGGUUAAGCACUGCAUCUGACAGCCAGGCCCUCCUGGCCCUUGGAGGGGAGAUCAAUGACCCUGACCUGUGAGACUGAGGCCACUUCUCAGCAGCUGGAUGACCAGCUCCAGUUCUGCUUCUUCAGAGAUGACCAGGCCCUGGAUCUGGGCUGUGGCAGUGACCCGGUGCUCCAGGUUCCCACUGUGUGGAGGAAAGACUCGGGAUCCUACUGGUGUGAAGCAAAGACCUCGGCACAGAAAGUCACUCGGAGCCCAAGGAUCCAGAUACAGGUGCAAGACAAGGAUGCGUCCAUGGUGCCGGGAAGCGGAUGUGGAAUUCCUCCAGAAGGAGUCCCGGUCUGGAAUGUGAGCUUGGAGACACAGCCUCCAGAGGGACAAGUGCAGAAGGGAAAGAAGCUGGUUCUCAUCUGUUUGGCCACCCAGGGCACGGGACACAUCACCUUCUCCUGGUACAAAGGGGCCCUGGGUUUGAACCUGGAAACAAAGACCCAGCGCUCACUGUCCGCGAAUUUCGAGAUCCCAAGGGUAACGGAGAGUGAUUCGGAGAAAUACUACUGCACGGCCGACAACGGCUACGGCCCCAGUGUUAGCGAGCUCGUGAGCAUCACCGUUAGAAGUCCAGUGUCCCGCCCCAUCCUCACCCUCAAGGUGCCUGGGGCCCAGGUCUUCCCUGGGGACAUGGUGGAGCUUCACUGUGAGGCCCACGGGGGCUCUCCCCCGAUCCUGUACCAGUUUUAUCAUGAGAAUGUCACCCUGGGAAGCAGCUCAGCCCCCUCUGGAGAAGGAGCGUCCUUCAACCUCUCUCUGACCAUGGAGCAUUCUGGAAACUACUCCUGUGAAGCUGACAAUGGCCUGGGGGCCCAGCACAGCGAGGUGGUGACACUCAACAUCACAGUGCCCGUGGAGGACAGAGAGGAACUGCUCACCUCAGGAAUCUUGGAGGGGCUGCUUGGCGUCCUCGGUCCCACCAUUAUGGCCCUAUUCUGCUGUUGGCUCAAGAAAAAAAUAGGAAGACGUCCGGCCAGGGACCUGCCCAGGAGCCCUCCCCGCCCUGUGCCACAAGCUUCCAACUACGUCAACUCAGCUGCCCCACUGCAAGGACAGUCUGUAUAUGAAAAUGUGAAUGUCGUAAGCGGGGACGAGAUUUACUCUUUGGUGUACCAUACGCAGCAGGAGCGGCAAGCAGCAGCAAAUCCCCUGAGGACACAUACCGAGGACCAGGAUGCCUCAGCCAUUUACUUUAGGCUGAAGAAUACAAGCGAUACAAGUGUUACAGAUGUAGACUAUGAAGAUGCUAUGUAAAGUUCUGGAAGAUUCUGCUCUUUGGAAACCUUGCAUGACUCCAAGCCUCAGAAUCAAUGUGUUCUUCAGAGACCCUGGGGUAGUCAGCUUUCUGGUACUUCUCACCCAGGUGCUUUGCUCCCAGAGACUAUUCUUGAAUCUACUGUGAAGUGGAAGUGGUUCUAGCCCUUGAAGAAACCACCCAAAAGAACCAACAUGAACAUGGCAGUGGGAAGGACCUUGUUACCAUAACCCGAUUCCAACUGGUUCUUUAAGCACACGUCAAAUUGUGUUCUAACUUCUUUUUAUCAGAGGAAACAGAGUGGGUGAAAGAACUUGGGACCUCUGGGUGGAGGGACAGUGAAGCUCACUCAGACUGCAUGGACACAAGGUUAGUGAUUCUGCAGGACAGCUGCACACAGAGGUGGCUGCUGUCCCGGCCCAGGGCAGACGAGCUCUGUACUCAACCCCAGAACAGAACUCCUGCCCUGACUUACAGCACUCAUCCUGUUUCUGCAUAAAGUAUGUGACUCAGUGCAUUAGAACUCAAACAAAGUUUCGUAAAUAGUUACUGUGGCUACAUUCAAUUUUAGUGACAUAUUUGUAUGUACAGGUCAAUCUAGAUGCCCCCAAAUUUAUAAUGAAACACAAUCUUUCUACGUUUUACCACAUCCAAAAUUCUGUAUUUGUUGCACCUCUAAAAGUUUUAUGAAUAUAAUUUUUCUUCUCUUACUUAACAAAUUUUUUAAAAUGUGAUAAUACAAUUUGGAGUCUAUAUUUUAGUUUUAAAAGAAUUAUACACCAACUCUUACAAAUUAAAACAAUUUAGAAGUCUAUGAUGUAAAAAGUUAGAACCUUUCCUACAUCUAAUACCGCAAGUGGUAUCCAUUGUUUAAAAACUCAGUGUUGCUAACUAAAUAUUAUCCUAACAUAUUUUAACCUUUUCAAUCACUGAUGGAUGUUAGGUGAUUUCCAAAAAUUUUAUAUUAUAAAAAUAAUACUAAAAUAAAUGUCAUUGAACAAACA